AAUUACAUAAUAUCAUCAUGAUCAUAGGAUGCACAAUUCCUUUUAAUCUCAUGUGCUUCUUGUAAUGGGUGUCUGCAGAAAAACAUUAUUACUUACUCUACGUGUAUUGGCUUGCUAUUAGCAAUGCUCCUUAAGAUUGUAUACAUCCCAAUGGUUGCACAAUACAUCAUUCAACGCGCUAGGAAACGGUUGCCAAGGCAACCUUUAGCACUACAAUGGCAUAAUCCUACUGAAGAGCUUCGAAUCCUGUUAUGCUUCCAUGGACCCGAAAAUGUUCCUUGUGCCAUUAAUUUCAUGGAGAUCUCCAAGGGGGCAGGUGACCCAGGCAUAUUAGUAUAUGCUACUGACAUGGUAGAACUCACAUACCAAAUUGCUGACACAUUAUUAGUUCCAGGAGAAAUAGAUAGUGUAGAGGUGACAGAUUCAAAAGUAAUCCAAAUCAGAGAGCAAAUCACCACUGCACUACAAGAGUAUAUUCAGAAUAACGGAGAUGGAAUCACCCUUCGGAGAGCCAUGGCCUUAGCCACUUACAACACCAUGCACCAAGAAAUUUGCAACUUAGCAGAGGAUUCAAUGAUUAGCUUAAUUGUACUCCCAUUUCAUAAUGGUCCUCCAAUUGACGAACAUACAGAUUCCAAAGUUGCAGGAUUUAGAUAUGUUAAUCGCAAGGUACUUCGCAAUGCCCCAUGCUCCAUAGCAAUCAUGGUGGAUCGAGGUUUUGGUGCAAGCAAUCAAAUAUUGAAGUCAUUAAGCAGCGCUUUGAGUACUGUCGUUAUAUUUAUUGGAGGCAAAGAUGAUAGAGAAGCAUUAGCCUAUGCAAGUCGUAUUGCUUACCAGCGUGGAGUGAAGCUCACAGUCAUGAGAUUUCUAGUAGAUACUGAUGUAGAGAAUAAUAAUACGAGAAAAACAUAUCAGCAAGAAGAAGAGAUGGAGCUCGAUGAUGAAUGCUUUGCAAAAUUUUAUGAGAAGCAUGUUGCAGGAGGAAACGUGUCCUACUUGGAGAAACAUUUGGUCAAUUCAGCACAAGCCUACACUACAUUACAAUCAUUAGAAGGGCAAUAUGGACUUUUCAUUGUGGGCCGAGGAGGUCGGGUCAAUUCAAUGUUGACAAUGGGGAUGAAUGAUUGGGAGCAAUGUCCAGAAUUAGGGCCUUUAGGAGAUAUUUUAUCUGGACCUAAUUUUUCCACUACCGCCUCAGUUUUGAUUAUUCAACAAUAUAACCCUAAAGUUGAACCUAGGGGAGCAAAUGCCUGAGGAUUAUAGUUGGGUAAUUCCUUCAAUGUAAAACUUUAGAGCAAUGUUAUACGCAUUGGAAAUUAUUACAAAAUUAUGU